GUCUACUUCCGGGGCAGGGGCCAUCUGUUUCCGGAACACCGGCCGGCCGCGCGCCUGGUCCUCAUUGUAGUGGAGUUGUAGCUUCGGCCAUGGGCGAACCGUCGGAGGACGUGCGGGCCUUCCUGCUCCAGCACCCAAGCCUGCGGAUGCUGCCCGACACCAACAGGGUGAAGUGCGUCCUGACCGGCCACGAGCUGCCCUGCCGCCUGGCGGAGCUGCAGCUCUACACCCGCGGCAAGAAGUACCAGCGCCUGGCGCGCGCCGCCCCUGCCUUCGACUAUGUCGAGUUCGAGCCGCACAUCGUGCCCAGCACCAAGCACCCGCACCAGCUGUUCUGCAAACUCACUCUGCGGCACAUCAACAAGUCCCCAGAACACGUGCUCAGGCAUACCCAGGGAAGGCGGUACCAGAGAGCGCUGCAUCAGUAUGAAGAAUGUCAGAAGCAAGGGGUAGAGUACAUCCCUGCCUGCCUGCAACACAGGAAGAGAAGGAGGGAAGACCAGAUGGAUGGGGACAGGCCACCGGGCCCAAGAGCAGCUUUCUGGGAGCCAGCAUCCAGUGAUGAGGAGGGAGCCCUGAGUGAUGACAGCAUGACGGACCUGUAUCCACCUCAGCUGUUCAUCAAAAAGGACCUGGAAGGGCCUGAGAACGAGGAUGGCUCGGAUGACUUUCUGACAGACCAAGAUGAUGAGAAGCCAAGGCCUCCAGGAGAGAAGGACACUGGGGACAGGAAGGAGGCAGUGGACUUCAGGGGGAUCCACAAGCGUAGGAAGAAGCAGCAUCGCUCCUUGACCAAGAAACUCAGGAGCCAUCACCACAAGCCCAAGAGCUUCAGCUCCUUCAAGCACACAGGAUAACAAGGAAUACCAAGAAAGCCUCCAGGUGUUCUUGAAACUGUUUGUCCCCUGUAGUCUUCUCUCUGCACUCCUUGUCUCCUGGCUUUGCUGCCUCCCAAAGAACAGCUGGGGGUCUGUACAGCAGAUAGCAGGGUCCCACACCCAGGCAGGAGCAGGACUUUGGAGGGAGGCUGCUCCCUGUG